GUAAAGUAUAGCUAUGCGGGCUUGGAGGGUUGAGCGUAAGAACCCAUUCCCCACCACACGUGUAGUUCCUUCGAAAUACAAAGCAACACUUGGCCACCACCUUCCUUUACUUUUGUUCUUCCUCAAUCACCAACGUUGCCCUGACCUGCUGGGGUUUUUCAAUUUUCAACAUUCAUUAUUGCGAUCAUCUUCGAUAUUCUUCUACCUUCUCUCUCCUGCACAAUCUGAGAUGGUGAAUGAAAAUGAGAAAGACUCAAAGAAGCAGAAGAAGAAAGUACCUGAUUGGUUGAACUCUUCACUCUGGUCUACGCCUCCUCCUUCUUCGUCUGCUACCACCAUCACUCAAACUCAAGAUCUCUCUCCUCCACCCGUCGUCCGUCCUCCGUCGCCGGUUCGACCUCCGUCGCCACCUCCUCCGCCGCCGGAUUCCAAUGGCACUUCCACUUCCACUUCCACUUCCUCUGCUUCUCCUUCUCCUUCUCCUCCUCCUACCGCCGAGGAGAUCUCUCGCCAUGCUCAGCUCUCACUCGAGCUGUCGAAGAAGGUCAUCAACAUCAGAGAAAUCAGGAGGUUAGCAUCCAUGGGUCUUCCUGAUGCUCCUGCCAUCCGCUCUACUGUCUGGAAGCUUCUGCUGGGGUAUUUGCCCAGUGAUCGAGUAAUGUGGCCCUCUGAAUUAGCCAACAAGAGGUCUCAAUACAACCAUUUCAAGGAUGACCUCUUGAUGUCUCCCUCAGAAAUUUCGAGGAAGCUGGAGAAGUCAUCAAUUGCUGAUAAGGAUGAACUCAAAGGUGAAAGUCGCUGCGUACUCUCAAGAUCAGAGAUUGUUCAAGAUGAGCAUCCUCUUAGCCUUGGACAAUCCAGUUUAUGGAAUCAGUUUUUUCAGGACACAGAGAUCAUCGAGCAGAUUGAUCGGGAUGUGAAAAGAACUCACCCAGAUAUGCAAUUUUUCUCCGGGGAUACGAUUUCUGCAAAAUUAAAUCAGGAGGCUCUGAGGAACAUUUUGAUUGUGUUCGCUAAGCUAAACCCCGGCAUAAGAUACGUACAAGGAAUGAAUGAGUUAUUGGCACCUCUCUUCUAUGUUUUUAGGAAUGAUCCAGAUGAGGAAAACUCUGCUGCUGCUGAAGCAGAUACAUUCUUUUGUUUUGUUGAGUUGCUUAGUGGAUUCAGGGAUAAUUUCUGUCAGCAACUUGAUAAUAGUGUUGUCGGAAUCCGUUCUACGAUCACAAAAUUGUCAAUGCUUUUAAAAGAACAUGAUGAAGAACUUUGGCGUCACUUGGAGGUCACUUGUAAGGUUAAUCCCCAAUUUUAUGCAUUCAGAUGGAUAACUCUUCUUUUGACUCAAGAAUUCAGCUUCACAGACAGCCUUCAUAUUUGGGACAUUCUAUUAAGUGAUCCUGAGGGGCCACAGGAAACAUUGUUAAGAAUCUGUUGUGCUAUGCUUAUUCUAAUCCGGAGACGGUUGCUUGCUGGUGAUUUUACUUCCAAUCUCAAGCUUUUGCAAAACUACCCGUCAACAAAUAUUAGUCAUCUACUAUAUGUUGCAAACAAGUUACGGGCCCAUCCAACUAGCUAGGUUCUUUUGUAUGACACUUUAGUUCCCUAUGAUUCUUUUGUAGAGUACUUUUUUGUUUGUUUAGUUAUCGUUUGUUAUAUGUAAAUGUCUAUUAAAAGCAUUGGUUGAACACUGCCAUGUUUGUUUACAAUGACAAUUUCACUGUAUCCCCUACCCCCGUUCCCCACCAAACCAAAGAACACAAUCCUGCUGUAUGUGGUUUGUUACCUUAAUUGUGGUGAUGUUGACAAUGUCUGUCAAAUUGAGGUGUUUCAUACUACGUUCUUUCAACUUUAACUAAUUUCUAUUACUCUCUUAUCUUUA